AUGUCGUCUUCAACCUUUGACUUCCCCGUCAUGAAGGACACCCGUCCUGAUGACCGCACCCUCCCAGCCUUCAUGGUAUCCACCACACGUGGCUUCCUACCUCGUCAAGAACCCAUCGUUGAACUACCAAAGGAGUUCGCUGCUCUCGAGUCUCUCUUGCAACGCAUGCCCAUCAAGACCCUGUCGGGAGAGCCAGGUCUACUUGCCAACUUUACUUUCGGCGACACGGUACUCAAGGAGCUACCUGACCUUACUCCAGAGGUAGAGAAGUAUCGCGAUGACCUGGUUGUCAUGAAUGCCCUGUAUCGUGACUACUCUUUCUUGGCUUCUGCAUAUCUAUUCGAGCCUUGCCAUGAGAGGCAUGUAAGGGGAGAGGAGUAUGGUCUGGGUCGGCAGUCGUUGCCGAGAUGUAUCGCACUACCCAUCGUUAAGGUUGCUGAGAUUGCUGGUUUCAAGCCCUUCAUGGAGUAUGCUGGGUCGUAUGCGCUCUUCAACUACCGUCUGGAAGAUCCAUCACGGGGCCUUGAGUACGACAACCUUCGCCUGAUCCGCGCUUUCGAGCAUGGCUUGGAUCCCACCUCAUCCGAGGCAGGCUUCGUUCUCGUCCACAUCGCUAUGGUCAAGGAGUCUGGUGCGCUUGUCACAGGUGCUUCCGAGAUGCUUGAAAGCUGUCUGGCCAAGGACCGAGAGCGGUUCAACGACGGCCUUCGUACCCUGGUGGGUGGUCUUAGGAACGUCAACGCCGUGAUGAACACCAUGUGGAACCGUAGUAAGCCCCAAGGCUACACCAACUUCCGUACGUUCAUCUUCGGCAUCACUUCUCAAUCCAUGUUCCCCAACGGCGUCAUAUACGAGGGCGUGAGCGAAGAGCCGAUGUCUUUCCGCGGCGAAUCUGGAGCCAACGAUAGCAUGAUCCCCAUGUGCGACAACUUGCUUCAGGUCCAGAUGCCGGAGACACCCCUCACAGAUAUUCUGAAGGAUUUCCGCCAAUACCGCCCUGGCAACCACCGCGAGUUCUUGGAGGCUGUUCGCGAUUGCGCCCAGCAGUCGGGCGUGCGCGAGUUUGCGAAAGGCGACUCUGUGUCAGCGGCGCUCUACCUCCAAGCUCUUGAUCAAGUUCGCGACUUCCGCUGGCGGCAUUGGUGCUUCACGCGCGAGUACAUCCUCAAGCACACCUCGCACCCAACUGCGACAGGUGGCAGCCCGAUCGUGACUUGGCUACCCAACCAGCUGACAGCAGUACUCAUGCAGAUGGCGGAGACAUUCGAGUAUUGUAAGUCGAUCAAUGGUGUCAGCGAUAUCAUGGAUACAGUCAACCACCAGCGCGAGUCGCUGAGGAAGGAGGUGGAGAAGUACUGCGGGGAACGAGGUACCCCCAGAUCUCCACUCCCUAGCAGCUCCCCAUCGCCAGCGCCAUUCCAGCACUUGCCACCCUUCGAUGCUCACUGCAAGACAACUCAUGGAAUAUUCACACUCCUUCCGGCUACCGCGAAUACCAAACGUCCUAUUAAUACGGCGGAGUUUACGGAACACUCACGUGCUAUUUCCCAUAUCAUGGCAUCACGACACGAGCCUAAACAAAGCCCAGCUGAGCGGCGGAAGGGCGAGUCUGCGCUCAGCGAAUUCGCCGACUACGUCCAGAAACAACAGGCGCUGCGCCGACCGCCAGGCCAAGCCCCCACCGUCCUUGAAGACCACGACGAGCUGAGCAUCCUCGACGAGCUCGGCCUCUCCGAUGACAACAAGGCGCAUAUCCGCCUAAAGACACUCCUUACCGAUCCUGCCGAAGAAAACGUCGCAGCGCUAGCUGAGCAUAUCCAAGGGCGCCUGGCAGAGGGCCAUGGGGAGGCCUUGUUCGAUGUUGGCCUGGAAGACAGCGGUGACUCCAUGGGCUUUACUGAAGACCAGUGGAAGUUUGCCUUGGAGAGGAUAGAAGUUGCAUGUGAGAAGAUAAAGGCCGACUACAAGAUGCUCAUGACGCGGAACGUUGGUGGUGACGUCGAAGUCGGACCUCGCAAUGCGAAGGAGCUCGGCUUAAGUGGCAAGAUGAUCUUGCGACAACAGCCGCAAAGUGUCGACGAUGUGAUCGAGACGAGGAUAGCAGUCGUAGGAAAUGUCGAUGCCGGCAAAAGUACCAUGCUCGGUGUCCUCGUUAAAGGCGGCCUCGACGAUGGUCGCGGAAAAGCGCGUGUUAAUCUCUUCCGCCACAAACACGAAAUCGAGAGCGGUCGAACCAGCUCAGUUGGGAUGGAGAUCAUGGGCUUUGACAGCAAGAGCGAAGUUGUUGUGUCGAAUGUCGCAGGUCGGAAACUUACUUGGGAAGAGAUUGGACGGCGAUCCGCCAAGGUCAUCAGCUUCACUGAUCUCGCUGGACACGAGAGAUACUUGCGGACUACCGUCUUUGGGCUGCUGUCAAGCGAGCCCAACUACUGUCUAUUGAUGAUCGCCGCAAAUAACGGUUUAGUAGGCAUGAGUAAAGAGCAUCUCGGAAUCGCACUUGCGCUUAACGUCCCCGUCAUGGUCGUUAUCACCAAAAUCGACAUUUGUCCACCACAGAUUCUCGAACAGACUAUCACUCAGCUCUCCAAGAUCCUCAAAUCUCCAGGCGCGCGAAAAAUACCGGUUUUCAUCAACAAUAGGGAGGAGUGCAUCACCACAGCUACUCAAUUUGUGUCGAGUCGAAUAUGUCCUAUCUUCCAAGUGUCCAAUGUCACCGGUCAUAACCUGGACCUGGUGCGCAUGUUCCUCAACGCACUACCGCAUCACGGCAAUUACGACGCCUCUGCCCCUCUGGAAUUCCACGUCAACGACACAUUCUCGGUUCCUUUCGUUGGUACUGUGGUUUCAGGUGUUGUCAAGUCUGGUGAAAUACAUUCUGGCGACACCGUUUUGAUCGGUCCCGACAGUCUUGGCCAGUUCCAAACGACAAAGGUGCGUUCCGUUGAGCGCAAACGGAUACAAGUUCCAGGGUGCUCUGCUGGCCAAUCGGCGAGCCUUGCGCUGCGUAACGUUCGGCGGAAAGACGUGCGAAAAGGCAUGGUUGUUUUGCACAAGGCUGAGAAGCCUGACCCAACAACUGGGAUAUUACCAGCCCCGAAAGUGUACCGCGAGUUUGUUGCCGAAGUCUUGAUCUUGUCGCACGCGACGACUAUCAAGACCAAGUAUCAGGCUAUGCUACACGUUGGACCAGUGUCCCAAACCUGCGCCAUCAUCGACAUCGACCGCCAGUACAUCCGCACCGGCGACCGAGCCCAGGUAGCCUUCCGCUUCGUACAGCGACCCGAAUACUUGACCGUCGGUGAUCGAAUCCUCUUCCGUGAGGGCAGGACGAAAGGAUUGGGUAUUGUCAAGAGAGUCGGCUAUGAUUCCAAGCAUCCGCUGAACCCGGAGUUGCACAAAGACGACAAGAAGGAUAGCCAACAGGACGGGAAGAAGGUGGAAGCCUUAUGACGGGUUAGAACGUAGAAAGUAGCAGAGAUCUCAUGAUUUGCUUGAGCGAUCGCAUUAGAAGAUUGAACGAUGUCACGUAAUCAACGCCUUAGAGACUAGCUGUCAUGAAUGAUAUAAUGAUUCAAGUUUGC